AAGAUCCAUCAACUUUUGAAAACAGGUUAUGGCAUGGAUAUAACCCCAGGACAAAGGAAAUUUGGACCGCCAUCUGAUUGGCAAGGUCCUCCUCCACAGGAUUGUGAGAUUUACAUCGGUAAAAUACCUCAUGAUGCCUUGGAAGAUGAAUUAAUACCGCUUUUGCAAACUUGUGGUAAAAUCUACGAAUUACGAUUAAUGAUCGAUCCUGCUAGUGGACACAAUCGUGGCUACGCAUUUCUUUCGUAUACAACGAAAGAAGCUGCCAACCAAUGUGUCCGCAGAUAUCAUGGUUACUCGAUACGAAAGGAUAAACCAUUAACUGUAAUACAUUCGACACCGAACGUUAGACUAUUUAUUAGCCCAAUACCCAAGUAUAUGAAUAAAGAAGAAAUUUAUAAUAAAUUUAGCAAGUUAUCGGAUGGUUUAACUGAAGUCAUUGUCUAUCCUGAUCCUGACGCAAAAGAUAAAAUUCGUGGAUUUGCAUUCCUUGAAUAUGUCGACCAUAAAGCUGCUACCUACGCUCGGCGUAAACUGAUCACAGAUACGGUUAGUUUAUCUGGCAAGGUGAUUAAUGUUGAAUGGGCUGAAUCCUCUAAAGAACCAAAAGACCAUGUUGUAGGUAAUAAGGUAAAAGAAGUCUAUUGUGGUAAUAUCGCAGAGCAUAUUACUGAAGAUACCUUAAACACUGCCUUCCUUCAAUAUGGCUCUAUUGAACGUAUCAAGAAGUUACACGAUUACGCUUUCAUUUGCUUUGCUUCUAGGGAAUCAGCCUUAAAGGCGAUUGAAGGUGUUCGUGGUACGGUUAUUAACGGUUGCAAGGUUGAUGUCCAGCUCGCUAAGGGACCAGUCAGGAAAGAAAAG